GACAGUAUUCAAAGAAAGAAAUGACACUAUUCAUUAUUUAGUAGGAACUAUGAUUGAAGUACCAAGAGCUUGUUUAGUUGCUGAUUCUAUUGGUCAAAUUGCUGAAUUCUUUUCAUUUGGUACUAAUGAUUUGACUUAAAUGACACUUGGAUUUUCAAGAGAUGAUGCAGGUAAAUUCUUACCAUACUAUAUCAACAAUGGAAUUUUGAAAGUUGAUCCAUUCUAAGUUUUGGAUAGAUAAGGAGUUGGAAAGAUGGUUGAAUUAGCUGUCAAGAAUGGAAAAUCAACAAAUCCAAAUUUGAAAGUUGGUAUUUGUGGUGAACAUGGAGGAGAACCAUCAUCAGUUGAAUUCUUCCACAUUGUAGGAUUAGAUUAUGUCAGUUGCUCACCUUUCAGAGUUCCAAUUGCUAGAGUUGCAGCAGCUAUAGCCAAUUUAACCCAUGCAUGAGUAUUUCAUUAAAAAAUAUAUAAAUGUUUAUUU